AUGACUGCCCGCAUUGCCAGAAACGUUAUCAAGUCUGUUCUCUCCCGCCCUCAAAUGGAUGGUGAUGGUGCCAAAGUCUACCGCAGUAUUGGUACUCCUGCCCUUCGCAACCUUGAUCCCUUCCUCAUGCUUGAUGAGUUCGAUGUCAGAGCCCCAGGAGGUUUUCCUGAUCACCCUCACCGUGGCUUUGAAACUGUGACCUAUAUGCUCGACGGUGAAUUCUUGCACGAAGACUUCAAGGGACACAAAGGUCACUUGAAAGGUGGCGAUUUGCAGUGGAUGACUGCUGGUCGUGGUAUUCUUCACGCAGAAAUUCCAGCCAAUAAGAAUCCUUCUCACGGUCUUCAAUUGUGGGUCAACCUGGCCGCCAAGGACAAGAUGAUUGAACCUUCUUACCAAGAAUUACCCAGCCAUGACGUAGCUCAAGUAUCCCCUGAAGAAGGUGUUGAUAUUCGUGUGAUCGCCGGUGAAUCUUAUGGUGUCCACAGCCCCGUAUUGACACGUACUCCUACCAUGUACAUCGAUGUAAAGCUCAAGAAGGGCAAGGCUAUUGAGCAGGUAAUCCCUGACAACUUUACUGGAUUCAUCUACACUAUUUCUGGUGAGGCCAAAUUUGGUGGCAGCAACCAUAUUUCUGAGGCCCACCACACACUCGUACUCAGCAACAAUGGCGGUACAUUUGUUCCUGUGGAGUCUCUUUCUGAUGACUGCCACUUUGUCAUUAUCGGAGGCAAGCCUAUCGGGGAACCCAUUGUUCAGCACGGUCCAUUUGUGAUGAACACUACCAAAGAAAUUUACCAGGCAUUUGAAGAUUACCAAAAAGGUCGCAAUGGUUUUGAGGGUGCUAGUAAAUGGCUUUCAUCUAUUGCCCACAAGUGGUCCCAUUAA